UCUGCGGAUGGGUGCGACAAAUGUUUGGGAGUUGGAUGUUUAGUGGUUGCGCAUCAGGGAUUCGUUGUAGUGGCAGCAGAUAACGGACGUAAUGCAAACAUCUCACUCCUCAGGAGUUCCAUGUGGCCUUAGAACAGAAGUCCACGGUUCCAGAUUCUGAUGGUCGAGACUAUGUCUUGGUAGACUGUAGAAACUUCUACGAAAGCAGAAUCGGAAAAUUUAAACAUGCUGUAACACCGGACAUACGCAAGUUCAGCUACUGGCCAGAGUAUGUGGACAAAAAUCUAGAUAUGUUCAGCGGCAAAGAUGUGUACAUGUACUGCACAGGUGGGAUCCGAUGUGAACGUGGCUCUGCCUACCUCAAGCAGAAGGGUAUUUGCAAAAAUAUCUAUCAGCUUCAAGGAGGAAUCCAUCGAUACAUGGAAGAGUUUCCAGAUGGACUGUUCAGGGGGAAGCUGUUUGUGUUUGACAACCGUUAUACAGUCAAGAGCAAUGACGAUGUAAUUGCAGAUUGUACGUAUUGUGGUAGACCCUGGGACAAGUACUCCCCAUGCUCCAGCAUACACUGCCAUCAGUUGGUGCUCUCCUGUGACAGGUGCCGCCAGGAACAUCACCUCACUGCAUGCUGUAAUGAGUGCCAAGCAAAGGGCGAUGCUGGGGAGGAGACGGAGCAAUGCAGCUGCACUAGGAGAAGGACGAGAAUCCCCAGAGAAUUGUGACAUGCGGCGUUAGAUAAGCAAUUUUAUAGUACAGUAUCUUGAGAGCAGAAGAAUGCCAUGACCGAUUUCAAAUUUUAUUUACACUAAUUUAACGUAAUGUAAAUGAAAUACAUGUAUAUGACGAGUACAAUGAAUGUCCUUUCCAAACCAGUUAUCUUGCUGAUCAUGUCACUGUUCCUUAUUAUACAAGUUAAGUGUGUAAGUCACUGUGUACUUGAUUUCAAUUAAUUAGUCGUCAGAUUUUCCUGUAACUAAGGAGGCAUGUCCAAUAAGAAUAGAGAAACAUGAAUCUAGCCUACACCAUAAUUUUCAAUAAAAUAGAUUUACUCUAUUGCUUUCACUUUAUGCCAGCAAUCGUACAUAAGUGCAUUUUGUCAGAAUUCUGCUAUCUGGAUUAGAUCAUGCUUUUCACUAUUUGAAUUAUAAAAGUAAAGUAUGUAUCAUUAAAAUGUUUGGUGUUAUGCAGUUUCUAUAACUCAGUACAUCAAGAUAAACCAGA